GUUUUCGGGGGCGGGGCCUCCAAGGUGGCGUUGAUUGGCUGUCCGGGAACCGUCUCCCGUCGUGCACUGGGGCGCUGGCGACUCACCCGGAAGGGGAAACCUUGAUUCUGGUUUAAGGUGGUGUCCUGGGGGAAAUAGGCGCUGCUCUUAGGAGCUGGCCCAGAUCAUUCGUUGGCAGUCCUUACUGGCUGAAGUCUGUUUUUAUUUCAAGAGUCUCACUAUGUAGCCUAGGAUGGUCUCAAACUCACAGCGAUCCUCCUGCCUCAGCCUCCUGAGUGCUGUGAUGACAGAUGCCUUCUUGCAGCCGGCUGUGGGUGUAGGAUGUCAGAGAACCAGGAGCAGGAGGAGGUGAUCACAGUGCGCGUUCAAGACCCCCGCGUGCAGAAUGCGGGCUCCUGGAACUCCUACGUGGACUAUAAGAUUUUCCUCCAUACAAACAGCAAGGCCUUCACGGCAAAGACUUCCUGUGUGCGGCGCCGCUACCGGGAGUUCGUGUGGCUGAGGAAGCAGCUGCAGAGGAAUGCAGGCCUGGUCCCUGUGCCCGAACUUCCCGGGAAGGCCCCCUUCUUCGGCAGCUCAGAUGAGUUCAUUGAGAAGCGACGCCAGGGCCUGCAGCACUUCCUGGAGAAGGUCUUGCAGAGCGUGGUCCUCCUGUCGGACAGCCAGCUGCACCUCUUCCUGCAAAGCCAGCUCUCGGUGCCCGAGAUAGAAGCCUGCGUGCAGGGCCGAAGCCCCACCACAGCUGCUGAAGCCAUCCUGCACUAUGCCAUGUCCAACUGUGGCUGGGCCCAGGAGGAGAGGCCAGGCGCAGCCUGCCGGGCCCAAGGCGAUCAGCCCAACAGUUGCUGCUUUCUGCCGAGGUCGGGGAAGAGGGGCUCGCCCUCACCGCCCCCCAGUGCUGAGCAGGACCACGUGGCAGUGUGGGCCCCUGUGGUGGACUCCGAGGCGCCUUCCCUGGAGAGCCCUGCGCUGCCGCCCUCCUCACCCCGGUCAUCCUGUGACUGCACAGGGCCUGAUGAGGGACCCUCUGCUUUCCAGCCUGCAGGGUCAGCUGCGGGAGGUGACUGUGUGGUGCCUUUGGACGCUGGCCAGAUGGACGCAGUGUGGGGAAACUGAGGUCUGCUUUGAGCUCUGGGCUCUACUUUAAACAGUCAGAAUGAGCAGGGCGUGGUGGUACAGGCCUGUCAUCCCAGCACUCAAGAGGCUGAGGCAGGACGGUCACUGCCAGUUCAAGGCCAGCCUAGACUACACAGCAAGACCCUGUCAUAGCUUCCCCCCAUAGGAAAAAGAAGAUGCAGGCAGGACACUGGGUCCAGUGGGGUGGGGACAGGGUGGGCACGUUAGGCUGGGUGCACAGAGGUCGGUGGAGAUGCUUUUGACUCCUCCAUAGAACAGGUGUUAUGCAGCUGUUGCUAAGUUACAUGCAGGGCCAGGGACUCUGAACAGGAGCCUGGAUUUAGUCUCAGGGGAGCUGAGUGGUGUGUGGCUGUUACAGCCCCAGGUGACUGGCUUUGGGGAUCAACGGCCGUGUCAAACACUGCCAGCAGCAGUGCUCGUGGGUUGUAUUCCCUUCUUGGCUGGUUUCUCUGUUCUGUUCUUUUUCUUUUUCUUUUCUUUUUUUUUUUUUUUUUUUUUUUGAGACAGGGUCUCACUAUGUAGCCCAGCCUGGUCUUGAACCUAUGGCCAUCCUCCUGCCUUAGCCUCUGGAGUGCUGGGAUGACAGAUACGCACCACCACACCUGGCUCCUCUCUCUCUCUCCUUUCCCUUGCCUUGCCUUUCCUUCUUCCUUCCUUCCUUCCUUCCUUCCUUCCUUCCUUCCUUCCUUCCUUCCUUCCUUUUCUGCAUCCUGUGUGCUGCACCUAGGGCUGCCCCACUGCACCCCUCCCCCUUAUUUUUAUUUGGAACCAACUGUCUUGAGCUGCCCAAGCUGCCCGGCAACCUGCGACCCUCCUGUGUGAGCACUGUGUUUCGGGCCCCUGGGCUCCUGCCCAUUUCCUUGCCCAGAGCGUGGCCACGUCCCACGCCUCCCUUGUCCUUGGUCACACCGCCAAGCCGGCCAGGCACCGUAACGCCUGUGGCUGUGGCUUCUGUGGCUCCCAAGACCUCAGCCAGCUGAGUGGGCCCGGGAGUCUGACAGCUCUGUGCCUCUGGCGAGGGACGUGGUGGUCUUGGCUGGAGGGAGGGGCAGGUGCUGGGGGCUUUGUCCUGGAGGAGCGUGGUUCUUUUCUCUGUGGGGCCAGAGUGGCCUUUCUGUUCCAAACCCUUUUCUUCCUCUGUAGCAGUAGCUCCCUGUCCCCAGGGCUUUGGAGGCUGAGGUGUGGCCAGGAGGCCACCUGUUUGGUCCAGCAGGUGCUGCCCCAGGCUCUGGAAGAGCAGCCUGGGGGUUGGGACAAGGGAUAGUGAGGCCCUCUGCCUGGCCCCAGGCCUGUGCCCCAAAGCCAUCCUGUCUGUGACCGAGCCUUUGUCACUCCCAGCCUUUGUGGUGGUGCCUCAGUUCAGAAUUGAGGGGCUUUGGCUUGAAAUAAAACGCAAGGAUAAAAUCCA